AGGAGUUAAUAAGAUAAAGAGAUAGAAACAGUGAUAUCAUAAAGAAAAUAGCUAUAGAUAGCAAGAGGGCAAAAAGGGGGUGACUAAGUUAGAAAGACGGAGGAAAAUAGAGAUUUAGAUAGUGAAAAAUGAAUUAAAGAGGAACUGUAAUUUAAAGGGGACCAAACACAUUUGUAUUAAACGGUAGAGACAAAAAGAGGGUAAAAAAAAAACAGUUAUACCACAACAAUAUAGGGAGACAGCAAAUCAACUAACAGUGAUUAUAGCAAAAGUGACUGAUAACGUUACCACCAGGUAAUUUCUUACACUUAGAGACUCAAAGAGAGACGUCUACCAACAUCUAAGCAAGUGAGUGUACUUUAUCAGGUAGGAGGGUUUGUGGGAGCAUUUAAAGGGGUAUCAGAAGUACGUGUAGACAAAGUAGAGAGAAAAAGAGUGGCAGCUGUGCCUUUAAGUGCUAUAAAUAAUGAGGAAAUACAAUUUAGGGAAGUUUGUCUAUGCUAAGAAAUAAAUGUAAAGCUAAUAAUAGAUAAUUAGAUGGAAGAAGAGUGCGUGCUGUAAAACGUUUUGUUUGGCAAAAUAUACACAAAACAGUUGGCUAAGAGUCAACCAGAAAGGGAUGGAGUCGGGUAUUGUGAAGCAAGGAGCUCUGCACCUGCAGCAUCAGCAGAGGUUUGGGAAGAAGUGGAAGAAGGUAUGGGGAAUUCUACAUGGAAGCACCUCCACUGGCUUGGCACGUCUGGAGAUAUAUGAAGGCUCUCAACCCUCGGAGCAUGGUCGUAAAGCAGAGUGUUUUAGACUUAUACAACUUAGUGACUGUGUCAGUGUUUCAGACCGCAGUGGUGAGCAGAGUCCAAAAGACACCCGAUCAUUUAGCAUUGAGACUACACAGAGGAUACACUUGCUUGCCUGUGAGACAUCCGAACAAUCUGUCUGGAUAAAAACACUCUGCAGCAUAGCAUUUCCACAGGAGCGUCUUGAGAGACGUAGUAGUCAAGUACUUAAUGCAGGAGGUCUACAGUUGCAGGAGAAUUCACUAUAUAGCACAAGCAGAGCAGUUGGGAACCACUUUGAAGUUUGGGUUAGACAGACAGAAGCAUCUAUCCGAUGUGGUCUCUCUGGGAUAUAUACACUGACAGCUGAAAGCAGCAGUCUGUCCCUUCGGGAAAGGCAGACUGGAAACCUCCUGUAUAGUUGGCCUUAUCCAUUUUUGCGAAGAUUUGGACGAGAUAAGACAAUGUUCUCUUUUGAGGCUGGCCGUCGUUGUACUUCUGGGGAAGGAAAUUUUGAAUUUGAGACUUCUCAAGGGGGACACAUUUUCCAGGCUAUUGAAAAUGCUAUCAGCUGCAACAGAAGCAAUACAACAAAACCAAGUGGACAGGCAGCUGAAGAAUCCACUUCCCGGCUUCUUCAGCACUCAGCAAUCUCUCCUGCCUUACAGAAGAAUAUGGGAUUUCAAGCUUCCUGUCAUCAGGUCAAUAGUCGUCCAAAGCCCUCAACCCCAGAGGAGAGUGAGUAUGCUGUACCUUUUGAUAAGGUGGCACGCUCUCUAUUGGCUUCUGGUUUUGGUGGGCUUAUGGAACCCCCACCAAUCACUCAUGGAAAAGUGGGGAAGGUUCGUCGAGCUGAACACAUAUAUGAUGAGCCAGAAUCUCAUAAUGCCCCUGUGUAUGAUGAACCAGAGGGGGUAAGGGUUGACGCCUGGAGGACUCAGGGUACUGAUGCACACAAUCUUGGGUAUGAAUUCCCUUAUUUACCAGGACGGGAUGAUUAUGCAGUACCAAGACUGGGGGCAUCUACUCAGGUUAAGGAACUGCCUGAGGAAGAUGAUGGAGAGUGGGGAAAUGCUGAUACAAAAGACAGAGAAUAUGAUAAUAUAACAUUGAGGGGAGGGCAGUAGAACUUUUGAGGGACACUGAUAUAAUGUGACAGUGUAUACCUGUUUGUGAAUGGUACUAUAGCAUAAAUGUAUAGUCUUGUGACUGGUUGAUAUGUGUGAUUAAUAAGGAUACUACAUGUUACACUGAAAUUUACAUAGGUUGUCAUUGUGACCUUGUUAAAGGGACAGUAUACUGUAAAAUAGUUUUCCCCUCAAUGUGUUUACAAUUGCUUUUUUUACCAACUGCAGAGUAAAAAAUGUAUGAAAAUUAGCUUUUUAAGGUUUAUUUGUGUAUAUUAAAGCUCUGAUUUUGUGUUUUAAAGCCACAACCCAAUAAAAUGGGUUGAGCUUGUAGGUAUAAUCAGAUCUCAUUACUUUAUCACAUUGUGUACAUAUACCUGCUUCUUUAUCUUAUAUCUGUCCGUAAACCAAUCACCAAUACUUGGGGAGAACAAUGGAAAAUCAACAUGUUACCUUAUCUCUGCUAUAUCCCACUGGGAGUGUAAUUUAUUCUGCUGGCUGUGUUUACAAAGCUUAUCUAUAGCUUGGACCUGCGGACACAAACUUUCAGCAUAGGUGGGAAUACCACAUGCUAAAUCAACUAUUUCAAAUGCCAAUAUAAGGGUAAAGGAGCUACUUGUAAACAAUUUAAUAUACUCCAGCAGGUAAAGUGGAUCAUUGGGAACAAAUUAAAGGGGAGAACAUUUUUGAGUAAACUGUCCCUUUAAUGGUCAUUUUGGUGCUACUACUACUCUUACAGAAGGAUAUGCAACUUUUUAUAUCACAGAAAUAUUAUUUGUGGACAUCAGGGCUGACAAAAUCUGCUAGAAAGAAAAUUACUAUGGGCCAGAUUACAAGUGGAGCACAAUAUAUUUUGUUUUUGCUCUUGAGCUAACUGUGCUUGAAGUAAAAAAUAAGCAAGGCCACAUUGGUGUGCGUAUUAGAAGUUGAAAGUAAAAAGUUAGCGUACAAGCCCAAGACUGACGUGCGCUAACUUCAGCAAUUCGGAUAUUGCGACCGCACUAACUUCUUCUCCCCUUAGACUUCUAUAGGGUGCUCUACAAAAAUAACCUAACAAUUAUCGCUUGUGCGGUAACCCAAGACUGUGCUAGAUAAACCGUGCUAAACCCGAAGUGAGUUAUGAAUACUUUACA